GGAGACUCAGGCUGGCUGGCCGGCAGGCGGGCGUCGCUCAGCCCACGAGGGGCGGGCCGCGGGGCGGCACCUGGGAAGAGCGGCCAGCCUUGUGCAGGAGGCGAGAGAGAGGGAGUGGAACAAAGAGAGAUAAAUGGGAUGGUCUCACAGGCCAGGAGGCUGCAGCUACAAACCUGCAUCCCACGGCAGUAGUAGAGAGCCCCUGGAGAUUAUUGAGAGGGAACCUAAGAAGAAGCUCAAAAAGAAGAAAGCAAUAGAAAGAAGAGCUGAGGGGACAAAGGUCAGAUGGAAUCAGAGAGCCAUCUUUGAACAAUGAGAGUUGACCAAAUGUGGAAUAGCUUUCCUUGAGAGGUGGUGAGUUCCCUUUCCAUGGUGAUCUUCAAGCAGAGGCUAAAUGAAGGCUUGUUGGGAAUAUUUUAGAGGAUAUUCCUUCAUGUUGGACUAUAUGGAUGCUGCUGAGGGUUUUUUCCCAACUGCCAAAUCCUAGGAUUCUGUGAUUCUAUGUUACCCCGGAAAUCUGUGAACAACAAAGAAGCUUUUACUUGUCCACCUGUCUCCUGAGUGCCCAGCUCGUGUCUCCCUGGAGGCCAUGGAGAAUGAGUUGCCAACCCCACCCACAUCUCUCAGUGCCACUGCUGCCAGUAGUUCCAGCGGGGUCAGUAGCAGCAGCAACAGCAAUAGCAACAACAGCAGCAAUGGUGGUGGUCGUUCUACUGGAGCUGGACCUCAGAUUUCUGUGUACAGUGGUAUCCCUGAUCGGCAGACUGUACAGGUGAUACAGCAAGCCCUGCACAGGCAGCCUAGCACUGCAGCUCAGUACCUCCAGCAGAUGUAUGCAGCCCAACAGCAGCACCUUAUGUUGCAGACAGCAGCACUCCAGCAGCAGCACCUCAGCAGUGCCCAGCUCCAGAGCCUGGCAGCUGUGCAGCAGGCAAGUCUGGUGGCCAAUAGACAAGGAGCCUCUUCAAACAACAGUGGUUCUGCACAGUCCCCAGCCCAGUCACCAUCGAUAAACCUAGCAGCUUCCCCAGCAACAGCUCAACUCAUCAACCGUGCCCAGAGUGUCAACACAGCAGCAGCAGCAGCCUCAGGCAUUGCCCAGCAGGCUGUGCUGUUGGGUAAUACCUCAUCUCCAGCACUGACAGCCAGCCAGGCGCAGAUGUAUCUGAGGGCACAGAUGCACCUGAGGAAACUGACGGAAGCCAAGACUUCUCUGGGGAGAGUCGCUCCCAUGACCCAGCCAGGUAACCUGGUGCAGGUAACUAGGAGCCUAGGCGGCACUGUUCCUUUGUCCCCUCAGCUCAUCUUCACGCCCACGGCCACCGUCACUACCGUGCAGCCUGAGCUCAGCACCGGCUCCCCUGCCCAGCCCCCCACCCCCAAUCAGGUACAGAACUUGACCCUCCGAACGCAGCAGACAGCAACCACAACAGCCUCGGGCCCCACCCCCACCCAGCCUGCACUGCCCAGCCUGGCCCUGAAACCCACCCCAGGCAGCAGCCAGCCUCUGCCCACCCCCUCACAGGGCAGAAGCACUGCUCAGGGCUCCCCAGCAGGUGCCAAGCCUGGCAUAAGUGAAAGUGUGGCUGAGCAACUCAAGAAGGGGGACAGCAGCAGUGGCAGUGUGCCAGGGAGCACUGAGGGCCGGGGGGGACUAAGCCGGAUGGUGUCCCCUGUGGCCACACACCCCCUCAUUGCACCAGCCUACACCCAGCUGCAACCACACCAACUCCUUCCACAAUCCCCAUCAAAGCACCUGCAACCCCAGUUUGUCAUCCAGCAGCAGCAGCAGCCAUCUCUACAGCAACAGCAGCAACAGCAGCAAUCCCAACAGUCCCGGCCCCCAUCACAGUCCCAAUCCCAGCUUGCCUCAGCUCUGCCAGGAGUAACCAUACAAUCCAGCCCUGAAGUCCAUGCUAUGUCAUUAGGUCCAUCAAUCCCUACCCUCCCACUGCAGUGUCCUACUACCAAUCAGCACAAAUCUGGCAACAGCCAGCAAGGGCAGCCAUCCAGCCCAGAGGCUGGGCCCCAGAACGGACAUUCUGAGGGCCUACUCCACACCCCCCAACGCAGGUUCCAGCACACAUCAACUGUCAUCCUCCAACUACAGCCUGCUUCAUCAGCGACCCAACAAUGUGGUCCAGAUGCUUGGAAGGAGACAAUGGCCAGGGAGAAGAGCCUGCCUGAGACCCUGUCCAGUCCAUCAGCCCAGCAACCAUCCACCCUCACCCCCCCACCUGCUGGUCCACUGCAGCCCACAAGUUCUGAUGUUCAGCAGUCUCCAGCACAUGAGACAGGUCAGGGCAUUGUUUAUGCACUGAACGACCUCAGCAGCCCCGGCAUGACCUCAGGGAACGGAAACUCUGCCUCCAGCAUCACUGGCACUGCCCCCCAGAAUGGUGAGAAUAAACCACCACAGGCCAUUGUGAAACCCCAAAUCCUGACGCAUGUUAUCGAAGGGUUUGUGAUCCAGGAGGGGGCGGAGCCUUUCCCGGUGGGACGUUCGUCCCUGCUGGUGGGAAACCUUAAGAAGAAGUAUGCACAAGGGCUUUUGCCUGAGAAACUCCCACAGCAAGAGAACACCACCACCACUGACUCAGAAAUGGAGGAGCCCUAUCUGCAAGAAUCCAAAGAGGAGGGGACUCCCCUCAAACUCAAGUGUGAGCUUUGUGGCCGGGUGGACUUUGCCUACAAGUUCAAGCGUUCCAAACGUUUCUGCUCUAUGGCAUGUGCCAAGAGGUAUAAUGUGGGCUGUACCAAGCGUGUGGGACUCUUCCACUCUGACCGCAGCAAAAUACAGAAACCAGGGGCUGCACCCCAUAACCGCCGACGGGCCAGCAAGGCAAGCCUGCCAGCACUGCCCAAGGAUGCCAAGAAGCAGCCUGCAGGAGCUGUGCCUCUCUCAGUCACAGCUGCACUGCAGCUGACCCACAGCCAAGAAGACUCAAGUCGCUGCUCGGAUAACUCAAGCUACGAGGAGCCUCUGUCACCUAUCUCAGCCAGCUCCUCCACCUCACGCCGGCGCCAGGGUCAGCGGGACCUGGAACUCCCGGACGUGCACAUGCGAGACUUGGUGGGUGUUGGGCACCACUUCUUGCCCAGUGAACCUACCAAAUGGAAUGUGGAAGAUGUCUAUGAGUUCAUCCGUUCUUUGCCAGGCUGCCAGGAAAUUGCAGAAGAGUUCCGUGCGCAGGAGAUCGAUGGGCAGGCCUUGUUAUUGCUCAAAGAAGACCAUUUGAUGAGUGCCAUGAAUAUCAAGUUGGGGCCUGCUUUGAAGAUCUAUGCACGCAUCAGCAUGCUUAAGGACUCCUAGGACCUAGCCAUGGAAAAGACCCCUUCUCUUCUCCCUGGGAGCUCCUUGCAUCCUAACUGAGCAGAGCACAAGAAAACGUUCCCAAGGGGCAUAGAGGAGGGGCCAUUAGCUCCUUCUCCUGAGCAUGGCUAAGGAGGAGGGGCUCUUCCAUCCUCCUUGCUGACCUGCAGAAGAGGCCGGAGGUAGGCAGGUGGCUGCAGAAGUUGGGGCAGUGUGCUUGUAAAUAUUGGUAGCAUCAGCUUCUUCUGGAGUCCCAUGGCUCUAGCCCUGCUCUCUUUCCUGCCCAUGCUAGCCCCCAUCCUCACCCAUCAGAGGCACAGGUGGCCAGAGCUCUUCAACCUAAAUGGGAUAACUGUCAAGGAUGACCACCAGGCCUGGACAGAGGCCAAGGCAGCCCUUGCUUGCCUUAUGCCCAUAUCCUUCCCUUAGCAGGUUAACUCUUUCUUCACCAACUUCUCCCCCUUCAGCCUGAUUCUGAAGUAGCCAAGAAUUCCCCAAGACACAGGCAUUGCUAUGUCCCCGUGGAGAGAGAGAAGCUGGCCUGAUUUGGCCGUGCCUGCUGGCCUGUACGCCUUAACGCUGUGUGUGUGACUGUGUGUGAGAGCCCGGACUGGCAGAUGGACUGAGUUACUUCCUUCUGGCUUUAUCCAGAUGUCCUCCUAGUACUUUGUCCUGGACUCCACUCACCCUCAGGUGGAUAACAAGGGAGCUGCAGCCUUAACACAGAGGCUGGGUGGGUGUGUAAGGGGGAGAGGAGGUUUGGGGAUUCUUCUUUCUGGACUCGUGAGGCCAUGGUGACAUGCUGCAAAUUACUCCCGAAUGCCCUGCUUUCCCAUUGGCAGCAUUAAGGAAAAGGCCACACCUACCAAGGGCCAUUGGGAAGGGCAUGGCCUCCUUCUACACUGUUCCUAGUGGCCAAGGCCUUGAGGACCCAGGGACUGUUCAGAGGGAUUACACAGCUCUUGUGUCACGGUCAGCCUGAAGAAGGCCAUUUCCUCACCUCCUCUGCCUAUACCACUUUGCCUCUAAAACUCCCCAGCAUCAGUUUGGGCCUUUUGAGAAGGUAGGGUGGGAAGGGAAAAGAGCUCCCCCACCUCUGACUUGCUCAGCCUCAUGCAGACUAAGAAGGGGUUGAGGGAGAAUGGAGCUUUUCCCUGAACAAAGUGGGUACCUCCUUCACUUGAGUUAUUCCUCACCCUCUAGGCAGGGUAGAAAUGGAAAAUGAAGGACUUUUUAGAGACCUUUUUUUUUUUAAUUAAAUAAAUCUCUAAAAUCUG